AUGGCAUGGCCAUAUUCAUCUUCAUCAUCUUCAUCCAACAAUACACCUCAAGAAAAGCACGAAGUGUUCAUUAGUUUUAGAAGUGAGGACACACGCAACACUCUCACAAGCCAUCUUAACGGUGCUUUAAAAAGAUUAGACAUAAAAACUUACAUAGACAACAAUCUUAAAAGUGGCGAUGAAAUACCGGCUUCUCUCGUUAAGGCCAUCGAAGAAGCCAAGCUUUCGGUGGUUGUUUUUUCAAAAAACUACGCGGAGUCAAAAUGGUGUUUGGAAGAACUUAUGAAAAUACUCGAAUGUAAAGAGACCAGAGGGCAAAUUGUUGUGCCGAUUUUCUAUGAUGUUGAUCCUUCUUUUGUGAGGAACCAGAGGGGAAGCUAUGCUGAAGCUUUUGCUAAGCAUGAGAGGAACUUUGAGGAAGUGAAUAAGGUGCGAGAAUGGAGGAAAGGUUUGGCAGAAGCUGCUAAUUUUUCUGGCUGGGAUUGCAAUAUCAACAGGACAGAAUUGGAAUUAGUUGAAGAAAUUGCUAUGGAUGUUCUAGCAAAGGUGGAUCGAGUUUAUGUUCGUGAUCUAGAUCAUGAGAUUGAUAAGUUAGAGAAACUUGCGAAGCUCCAAUACGAAUUCUAUCAGAGCAUUAUUAGUCUUGAUAAUCUGAACAAGUAUCAUUCAACUCUUCGACGUAUUACAGAAAUUAAAAUGGAGAAAAAUCUUCGUUUGCUUCGAUUGACACCUGAUUUGCUUUCACAUUUAGAGGGCUUUUCAAACAACAAUAGUAGGUCACCAUUUUAA